UUGAACCCUUACACAGCCCAGAACUUUCCGUACAAUCUUUGAUGUAAUUUAACGCACCUCGUAGUACUAUUCUUUUCAGUAGUUUUUUAAAGCAGGUGGAGACGGUGUAGUGUGUUUUCCGCUCUUCGGGUUGGCAUUUCAAUGCGUUUAUAGGAGCAGUAUCUGCAGGGAUUAUAUUUGACUUGGUCUUUUGUAGCAGAAAUGGCAGAUCGAGCUACAGCAAGUAGUGAGGAACCUAUCAACGAGCAAGCAGUUGCUAAUCAGUGGAGUAUAUUGCGAUCAGAACUCAAUCAACUCCAUUCUAAGAUUACAGAGUUGGAGAUGGAAUUGAGCGAGCACUCACUAGUUAUUGGAGCAAUUCAACCUUUGGAUCCAUCCAGACACUGUUACCGUAUGAUAGGUGGGGUCCUAGUAAAGAGGACAAUUGCUGAGGUUUUGCCUGCUGUACAGAGGAAUAAAGAAGGUCUGCAGGAAGUAAUUUCUAGACUCACUGAGUCAUUGCAGAGGAAGAAAAAAGAGAUCAUGGACUAUGAGGCUAAAUAUAAGAUCAAGAUCAGGAAAGGAGAUGAUGAGACCGUAAAAGAGGGAGAGCGCAAAGAAGGUUCAACUCAAGGGGUUCUUGUUGGUCCAGCUUGAACUUGCACAUGGAUGGGAGAGCUGAGAGAUGGUUGAGUGCACCCUAUUCCCGUGGGUCUGCUACAAAACUCAUUAAUAGAUCAAUUAGUAGAAGUGUUUGCAGUUAUUUUAGUUCUGAGGUUCUCUGCUACUUAUUGUAGAAACCUUUUUUAAAAACAUUAGUGCCUUGUCAAAAUAUAGUAUUUCUAAUGCAAAGCAGUCUGAACUCAGUUUAAAGCCAUCAAGAAAUCGAAAUUUGAUCAGUGUAUAGAUUAGCCUACAAUAUUAUUUUGUUUACCUUGCAGCACGUUAAUCACCUACAUGUGUUUUGAUUGACUUGAGACAAUUUUAUGUGGGAGUCUAAGAUUAGAAACAUUUUGAUA